UCUUGACACAUGUACACUGAUUAUCAUUCAUUCUGCAUGGCAUAUUUUUAUUAAACAAGGUACUCGGAGAGAAAAGCGGCCGUGAAGACUGUUAUUUCAGCUGUUGAGUUUUGUUGGACUUGAGUUGGUCCUGUAUUAAUAUUAGUGUUGUCACACAGAGUGAUGAUGCAGUUGCGUGUGCAUUGGCUGGUUUUGCUGUUUGGCCUGCAGUUUGUUUUGGCUCAGCUGGAAGAUCUUGAUGACAAUGUUGCAGAAGAGAAGAGACAUGGAAGAAAUAAAAAUAAACCUGUCACCUCUAAUGUCAUCCCAAAAAACAAUGAUGACGACUGUACUUUGGAGUUGGCAUUUUUAGUGGACAGUUCAGAGAGUGCGAAAGACAACCAUGCCCAAGAGAAGCAAUUUGUUAAUGAACUUGUUGACCGGAUCCAAAACAUUCGUAUCCAAACAGGGCAGGGCCUGAACUUUAGAACAGCCCUCCUGCAAUACAGCAGUCACGUGAUCACAGAGCAGUCCUUCAAAGAUUGGAGGGGUGUGCCCACCUUCCAAGACCGCAUCGCACCCAUUCCGUACAUCGGGCAUGGAACCUACACCACCUAUGCCAUAACCAACCUCACCCGCAUCUACCUGGAUGAAUCUGGCCCUGGCACCAUGAAGGUGGCCAUCCUGCUGUACGACGGCGUGUCUCAUCCCAAGAAUCCCGAUAUAUUCUCUGCAUUAUCUGAUGCCAAGAACCAAGGGAUUAAAUUCUUCACAGUAGGUUUCACACCAGCUGCUAAAGUGGAACAGCUGCGCCUACUGGCGAGCCCUCCAGCCACUCGCUACGUACACAACCUACAGGACAAAAGAGUUGUGGACAAGAUUGUUAACGAGAUUACUGAGGUGGCCAAUGAAGUGUGUCCGCUUUCCCCAAAAUGCACAUGUGAGAAAGGAGAGAGAGGACCCAGUGGACCCGCUGGUAAAAAGGGUCGGCCUGGAGAUGAUGGAAGUCCAGGAUCCAAAGGGCAAAAGGGAGAAGGCGGAUUCAGUGGACCUCCCGGAAGAGAGGGGAUGGAGGGGAAAGCGGGAUACAAAGGAGAGCAGGGUGAGAGAGGAGAGUGUGGAACUCCAGGAAUCAAAGGAGACAGAGGUCCUGAGGGUCCAGUUGGCAUCAGAGGAAGUCGAGGACUGCAGGGUUUGCCUGGACCAAAUGGGGACAUUGGACCUGAGGGCCAGCCUGGCAAAAAAGGCGAGAGAGGCUUCUCCGGGCCACCAGGAAUCCAGGGAGAAACUGGGAUUGGAUUUCCUGGACCAAAGGGAGAUGUGGGGUUCCAAGGCAGAAUGGGUCCUCCCGGGCCUCCUGGGCUUGGCGAGCCAGGCCUGCCGGGGCCACAGGGGCCGCAAGGUCUGCUGGGAGAGAAGGGCCCUCCAGGAGAGGGUUUACCAGGGCCAAAGGGAGAGAGGGGUCUGGAGGGGCCAAAGGGACCGAGAGGGCCAAUAGGUCCAGGCCUUAAAGGAGACAAGGGUGAUUUUGGUCCUUCUGGGCGUCCAGGACAAGUGGGGCUUCCUGGCGCAGGAGUCCAAGGAGAGAAGGGUGUGGAAGGACCACGUGGACCCACAGGAAGCAGAGGCCCACCGGGAGAGGGCUACCCUGGACCAAAGGGUGAUCAAGGUUUACCAGGUGAAAUUGGUGCAGCAGGAGAGAGAGGAGCUGGAGAACCUGGACCCAAAGGAGAACCUGGGUCUUCAGGGUUAUCAGGGUUACCAGGUUUACCUGGAGAGGAUGGAGCACCAGGACAGAAGGGAGAGCCAGGGGCCCCUGGGUUGAGGGGCCCUGAAGGAGCAGCAGGAAUGGGCAUCCAGGGUGAAAAAGGUGAUCAGGGUCAGCGGGGAAUCCGUGGAUUGGCAGGGCCACCAGGAAUAGCUGGGCCCUCAGGGUCAAAGGGUGAGCCUGGCACACCAGGGCGACAGGGUUUACCUGGACUACAGGGACGUGCAAUAACUGGACCAAAAGGUGAUGUGGGGCCACCAGGUCCAUCCGGGCCAGUAGGGGAGACAGGAUAUGGACUUCCUGGACCAAAGGGUGAUCGUGGCAACCCAGGACCUCCUGGUAUGAGUGGUCCAAAAGGGGACGGAUAUCCUGGUCCUGUAGGGCCUCCUGGUCUUCCUGGACUUCAAGGGGAACCUGGACAAGAGGGAAUAGGAAUACCAGGACCAAAGGGUGAUGUUGGCUUCAGAGGUUUGCCAGGCCCAGCAGGACCUCCAGGAGAAGGACUACAAGGACCACCUGGUACAAUGGGAAGACCAGGACCUCCUGGGCCUACCGGGCCACCUGGACCAGGCUUACAGGGUCCAAAGGGUGAUCAGGGGUCACAGGGCGUGACAGGGCCAAGGGGACAACCUGGAGAAGGAAUCUCAGGGGCAAAGGGUGAUCGUGGAGCUCAGGGCGAGAGAGGGAUAAAAGGGGUCAAAGGUGAUAUGGGGGAUCAUGGAGUUCCUGGUCAAACAGGUAAACCGGGAAUGAAAGGAGAGUCAGGACUAACGAGGGACGAGAUAAUCCGAAUGAUCAGGGAGAUUUGUGGCUGUGGAGUCAAAUGUAAAGAAAGCCCUAUGGAGCUUGUGUUUGUGAUUGACAGCUCAGAGAGCGUUGGACCUGAAAACUUCGAGAUCAUAAAGGACUUUAUGGCCGCACUAGUCGACAGACUCACCGUGGGGCGUAAUGCCACUCGAGUCGGACUUGUUUUGUACAGCCUUGAGGUUCAGCUCGAGUUUAACCUCGCUCGCUACAUGACCAAACAAGAUGUAAAACAAGCAAUACGUAGGAUUUCCUAUAUCGGCGAAGGCACAUACACCGGCUCUGCCAUCCGCAAAGCAACGCAGGAAGUGUUCUACAGCGCGAGAACAGGGGUGAGGAAGGUGGCCAUCGUCAUCACUGAUGGACAAACGGAUAAACGGGAACCAGUGAAACUGGACAUUGCUGUAAGGGAGGCGCAUGCUGCCAACAUUGAGAUGUACGCGCUGGGAAUCAUUAACAUCAGUGAUCCGACGCAGGCCGAGUUUCUCCAGGAGCUUAAUCUCAUUGCGUCAGACCCUGACAGUGAACACAUGUACUACAUAGAUGACUUCAACACCUUGCCAGCUUUGGAGUCCAAACUAGUCAGUCAGCUCUGUGAGGAUGAAAAUGGAGCACUUAUUUUCAAUCGCAUCAAUGGUUUCCAAAAUGGAUACGGUAUUAACGGAAACCGUAUCAAUGGUAAAGGCAGGUACAAUUACGGGACUGACAUAUCUGAAGGCAACAGAGAGAAAACUGGAACAAACACGGUCACACAAGAAAGUGAGAGGGGUGAUACUUUGGCUCCAACAUUUGGUCCGAACACUGAUGAGGAGGUGCAGAGGUUACCUGAGGCCACAGAGACACACAGUCCAGAACAGAGCAGCGGCAGAGGAGAUACUGCAAAAUCCAGUGGGACAUCCACACAGAGCAGACCUUCAUCAGGGACAACAUCAUCAUCAUCCUCAUCGACUGUGAUCACAUCAUCAUCUUCAGUGCGGUAUAUACCAGCUCCACGGCCGCCUUUACCUAAGGAGGUUGUGCCGCUUGACCCUCGUUGUGAGCUGCUCCUGGAUCAGGGCUCUUGUCGCGACUAUAACAUCCGCUGGUACUACGACCGGCAGGCGAACGCCUGCGCACAGUUCUGGUAUGGAGGAUGUGGCGGGAACCAGAACCGUUUUGACACAGAAGACGAGUGCAAGAGGACAUGUGUGGUCGUGAGAGCAGGAGGCUGAAAUCCAGUAUGGAUCAUUUUUGCCCUUGUCUUCAAUUUACACUUCAACAGACCUGCACUGAAAUACACAAGACAUGACAGGACAGAACAUUUAAUAAUCCCAUAAGGGAAAUUGCGGUGAAGCAGUAGCUACUGAAAUUACAGCGCAUUGAUUUACAAACAAUACAGAUUUCAAAUGUACAAGAUAUGGACGCUGGAGAUCAAUAACCAACUAAGAGCAAUGCAUUAUGUGAAAAUACAUUCAAAUUAAGCAAUACGGUACGAGAGGCCGUGAAAUGCAGUUCAGUAUGGGACAAGUCAGUAGCAUGAUAUACACAAUAAAAUGUGUGAUAUACAAUUUAGUAUAAUAUAAUCAAGCACAAUAGAGCAGAACACAAUACUACUAUACAUGUACAACACACGUGCAUGUUGGAGUACAAGGGAAAAGAGCAGCUAAAACUAGUACAAAUGCAGAUUGUACACCGUAUAUAAAACAUUUGAAAGGUUUAAAUAUAUAAAGAAUUGUGCAAAAGAUUAUACAGAUUCUACAUCUUGCCAUAUACAGUACUUUCAUAUUUAUUCAUGAUCAAAAUCUACCCAUAUAUAAAAACAUGGUGCUUUUUUUAUGAGACAGUAAUUUUUACAAUAUAGUAAAUUCUGUAUGAUACAAUAAGUUCUACAAUAACUUGUAUGACAGAAAUAGUCCAUUUAAGACCAUUUUAAAGGUAGUAGUUCACCCAAAAAUGACAAUCCUGCCAUAAUUUAGUUUUUAGUGCUAAUUCGCGAGCGAUUGAGAAUAAGGUCCUCUCAUCUUGUUCAUGAAUGUGCAAUGGAUCCCAAGAUUAUUACUGAAAAAUGAUAUGUAUUUAAAUUUGUUUCUCACCAAAACCCAUCGUCUGACUUCAGAAGUCUUGGAAUAUAAUUCAUGAGCCGCAAGAACUCCUUUUAUAAUACAUUUGGGUGUUAUUUUUAAGAGGUCAAAAGGGAUCAUGCCAUGAGGAAUCACAUUUUCCUUGAUAUUUUGACAUAUAAGAGGUAUGUCUACAAUAAAAACAUACUGCAAAUUUCAGAACUCACAACUUAAACCCCAAUGAAAUAAAGGCAUUUUCAUGACCACCUCUACAGCGAAAAAAAACAUCAAUGCCUACUUAAAAUCAUCGCACACGCCCACUGGUGCUUCAGUGAGAGAGAGCAGGACGGACAGGCCUCGCUAUUCCUGAACUCCAAAGGGGACCCAUCUGGACUAUUUUGAAUUAUUUUUGUAUUAAAGCAUGCACUACACAGACAUCUUUGACUGCUUGAUACAUAUCUUUUAAAAAAAAGCACUGCUUUUAAAAGACAUGGAGUGAGGUUACAACUCAACAAUGGGAGAAGCCAUUUGGUUUCAUUCAGCUGCUCUACCUCAUGCUGUUUUGAGUACAGGCACAUAAUGGACUCUUUCUCGAGCACAUCUGCGCUAUUUUUAAUUGUUGGUCUAUGUAAACUUGCACAAGAUAAACGUCUUCAACCGCUUUGGUGCGUUCUGGGCUUCAGUGUAUGAUGACACUGUAUGUGUGUGCAUCUUCAUCGUCCUUUGGACUACGAAUCUGCGGUUUUUCACAUCACAUUAGCAUAGAUUUUUUGUUUUUUUUUUCUGGCUCAAGUCAGCAUGGAUUGCUUAUAAACUAGUUUUAUAAUGUUGUGGAUCAUUCUCUUCUGAUUGAGUUUCAAAUGGCUGAAUUCGAGGGGCUGCACAAUGUUAGCCAAUUAGAACAGUGGAUGUUUUAAGUUUUAAGGAGGCGCUUGGGUCAAAGUCGAGCAUUUCAGACAGAGGGCGAGAGAGAGAGAGAGAUUUAAAUUAUGACUGUUUUAAUGCAAGUACAUUAUCAGUGGACCUUAGGGAAGAUACUAAAACUGUAAAAAAAAAUAUAUAAAAAAAGAGCAUUUCAUGACCCCAUUAAAGUGAGUCACUGUGGUAUAAUAUUGAAAAGAUGGACAGAGAUAUUGAUUUAAAAAUCUUUUGUUUUCCACAUUUUUGGGUGAACUAUUCCUUUAACAACUCAAACGAUCACAACCAUUCGAGCUUUCAACAAGCAGAAUUGUACAAUUUCAUAGUUGCAUAACAUUGAGUGAAUUAGUAUUUUAUACUUAUGUAAUAAAUUAAAUCUUGAUUUUAAGAACUUAUGAUAACAAUAUUAUUAAGUUUGUAAUUUUGUAUCUUUUAUGUUCAUUUGUAAUAAAAUGCUUUGUAAGUGGAUGUAGUGCUUUGCUGUUCCACUGUCAACAAAUCCAUUACAAAGCUCAUUGUUCUACUAAAGGAGUGCGUUGAUGUUUACUCAUGCACGUGUUCUCACGGUAUGGCAUUUUGU